AUGGGGUAUCAGAUACCGCCCGUACUAUGCAGGCUAUUCUUCGACCUUCCUGAUGCCAAGAAACCAUUCUUGAUGCUAGCCGGUGUGGAACACACUCCGGCUGUCGACCCUUCAUGGUCUCCCUUCUCCACCAACGAGUCGGGAUGGUACCAGUGGCUCAACGUCACAGGGAGCAGCCAUCAGAACUUUGCUGAUUUGGACGACUGGGUGGAUCUGCACGGUCUGAAGAACAAGACGAUUACACUGUUGUUAGGCACGGUUUGGGCACCGAGAAUGAAUUACAUCGUUAAGAUGUUUGUGGAGACGUUCUUUGGAUUUGUGCUGGGCGAAGAGCAGUGGCUGAAGAUUCCGAAUGAGGCGUCCCCGGAGGUCGUGUACAUCAAUGGAAGUGCUUACACGCUGUAGACGACUGCCAUAAAUGUAAUGUGGCUUAUAGCACGCUGGACCCAACCAUGCCAAAGGAAAAAUGAUGCACCUGUCCGUG